AUGCUUGUUUAACAGUAAUAAAGAUAAAUACCUUAAACACCAAUCCCAGGAAACGCACGCAAAGUUAUUGAGAAUUUUAGUUAUGCUCUUACAGAUGCAAUUGGAAAAGGCUUUAGUUCUAUAGUUUAUAAAGGCAGAAAUGAUUAAACAAAUGAAAUAGUUGCUAUAAAGGUAAUAGAUAAAAAGGGACUUAAAACACCUUUACAUUAUCAAUUACUCAAAUCUGAAGUAGAAGCUUUAUCUUAAUUAAAUUCUCCAAAUAUCAUGAGAUUAUAUAAAGUAUACUACACUGAAAAUAAUACUUAUCUCAUCACUGAAUAUUGCGAUUCAGGAGAUCUUGGCUAAUUAGUCUCUAAAUAAGGUAUUUAAAAAGAGUCAUCUAUGUAAAAAUUAUUUUAUGGUAUCAUUCAAGGUUAUAAAUAAAUGAAAAUAAGAGGUAUAUAUAUAACAAAUUCAUCUUUAGGUAUUGUACAUAGAGAUCUUAAACCUGCCAAUAUUCUAUUAAAAGGUUUAGUUCCAAAAAUAGCAGAUUUUGGAUUUGCGACUACACCUUAAACUGUUGCAACUAUGCCUAAUGUAAAUGUUGGAUCACCAUUAUAUAUGAGUCCAUAAGCAUUCAAAAAUAGAUACUCUGAAAAAUCAGAUAUUUGGGCUUUAGGUGUAAGUCUUUAUGAAUUAUUAUUUGGAUAAGUUCCUUGGUAAGCAGGAAGUGAGAGAGAAUUAGCAUAAAAAAUGGCUACUAUACCAGUUCAUUUCCCAGGUCAUAUAUCAGAUGAAUGCAAAGACUUCAUUUAUAAAUGUUUGAUAGUAGAUGAAAUUAAAAGAGCAUCAAUUGAAGAAUUGGAAAAUCAUGUAUGGUUAUCUAAAUAAGAACUAUAACCAAUUAAAGGAAAUGGAUUCUCAAGUAUGUUUAGAAGUAAUCAUUAACAACACAAUCAUUAACAUCUUUAAAAUAAUAAUUUUACAACACCUUUGGGAGAUACUCAAAAUAAAUAAUCUAUAUCACUUUAAUAAAGAGAGUCUAAUUAUGGAAAAGAAAAUGCUAUCAUUAUUAAACAAUCAUAAUAAUCUAUAAUGUAGUAACCAUUGAAAUCUAUCAAAAGAGUAUAAGAGUCAAGAAAGGAAUCUUAAAUUAGUUAAUAAGUUAAUCAAGAAUAUUCAAGUCAAAGAGAAGAUGAAUGUUGGAAUGAAUCUAAAAAAAAUGAUUACAUCAUUCUUGCAUAAUUAAAUUUUUGUAGAUAUUUAUAUAGAGUUUGUGCUUUAAUGGAUAAACAUUGGUUUGUUCAAACUCCUUGUUUGAGAGAAAAACUAUUGUUCUUAGUUAACAAAAAUAUUAUGAUUAAAAUAAACUGUUUAAAUGAAGUCAUUAAAGGAUAAAAUUCUUUAGGAUUAGAAAAGUUUUAAUAAUAUGUAUAAAAUCCUUUGUAUUCAAAACUAUGUACAGCUAUCCAUUAAUACAAUCAAAAAUAUACUCUUUAAUUUAAUACAGUUUGGUUAUCCCUAUAAAAUCCAGACUAAAAAUAAUUAUUGGCUGUUGAUAAAAAAUUUGAUGCUGUUUUUGAUGACAAUUUUACUGAAUAUGAAUCUUUCUAUAUUAUUUUAAGUUCAAUCCUAAAAAGUGCUAUAAAGGAAAUAGAAUAUUAACUAGAAUCUAAAAUAGCUGUUUAAGAUACUUAAAUAUUAUUACCCAUCGAUAUAGAAGGUGGUGUUAUUUUACUAGAUUAUUUAAUCACUUACUUUUAAUUGGCAUCUCUUAUUUAAGAAUGUUUUGAAAAUCCUUACGAAUUUGCUAUUGAUUCUAAAAUUGAAUAAAUUGCUGAUGGUAAACCUGUUCGAUUAACUUAUGGUCACUAUAUAGAAAUAAGAAAUAAAAUAAAAUAACUUGAUAUUUGA